CAGUUCGAGAGUUUGACCCAAAUUCCAAAAAACCAAACCGAUAUCGGGUUUUCCUACUCAAAUUUGUAGUUCCAUCAAUGUGGUUUUCCUUUUCCUUUCUUUUUGAAUUUCCGGUAACAUGUUUCGUGGAGGACCAUCCCUUCCCCUCCUUUUCUGUGCGCGCAGCAUGUGGGAUUUGAUCAACGACCAUUGCCGGAGUCUGAGAUGGAGUCCUGCGGACUUUGCCUGGCCAGCAGCUCUGGAAGCCUCUGGGACUGGCGAUGAUUAUUGCGAUAUUCCAACGGUGGAUCUGCACCAGAGGCGGGGCACACCCAUGCACCAUCGUGCCCGUUUCCGGGAAAAGACAAUCCGGGAGUACGAGAAUCGCUUGCGCCUGUACUCAAGCCCCGACAAGUUGUUCCGCUACUUUGCCACCAUCAAAAUGAAGAACCAUGCCGGCCGCUGGGAGGUGUACAUGACGCCGCAGGACUUUCUGCGCUCCAUAACGCCCGGAUCGGCCUCACAGCCCGAGAACCUCGGCCUGGACAAGUACCACAAAGUAACGGAGGAGCGUGCCAAGAAGUAUAGCUGCUCGACAUUGGCCAGCAACAGCAUUUUCUACAAGUUCCAAAAGGAUGGACUGCUCAGCUUUGGGGACUAUCUGUUCCUGGUCAUGCUGCUGUCCGUUCCGGAGCGAUACUUUGAGAUGGCCUUUCGCCUGUUCGACAUCAAUGGCGAUGGGAAUCUGUCCCACGAUGAUAUGAACUUGUAUCUCGCGAAAGUCUGCCAGGGGGAUGGCCACGUGAGGAACAUGAACAUCAACCACUACUUCUUUGGCCCCCAACUGAACCAGAAGCUCAACAUAAAUGUGUUCCUGGAGUUCCAGCGAACGCUGACCAGAGAGGUGCUGCUGCUCGAGUUCCAGGCUCUGUGCAAGAGCCCCGCGACGGUGCUCAGCGAGGUGGCCUUUGCCAGAGUGGUGCUGGCCUAUUCCGCAGCCAGCUCCUCCGAGCACUCGGCACUGCUGCUCCGUGUGCAGGAGAAGUACAAGGCCUCUGAUCGCGGCAUCACUCUGGAUGAGUUUCUGGACUUUUUUACGUUCCUCAAAGACGUGGCCGCCGUGGAUGCAGCCCUGACCUUCCACUACUUGAGUGGGGCGAACAUUUCGCGGCAGACCCUCAGCCAUAUUGCCAAUGUCGUGGUGGGAGUGCACCUAACCGAUCACAUCAUUGAUGUCAUUUUCACCAUCUUCGAUACGGAUGAUAAUGGUGUCCUCAGUCGCAAGGAGUUCUACCAGACGCUGCGCCAUCGCAUGACGCGCAGCACCAAAAAGAAGCCCGUCCAUCUGGCAUCCAUUAUGGGUAUUGCCUGCAAGUGUGCCGCCCAGGUGUUGGUGGAUCAAUAUUUAGACUGAAAGACAGCAACGAGAUGAAGCAGCCGUAGCCGCAGUUGCAGCCGCAGUAAAUGUCCUUAGCCAACUCCUUUGAGGGUAAAGGCUUUUAGCGCACAGACAAUACAGGCGGCAGAUCCAAGAACAAAGAGCUUCAGCCGCCACAGUCAGGUAACGUCAAUUGACUUAGCCUCGACGGCACACACAACAUGCGACAGCAGA